UGGCCGCUCGCAUCAGCAACAGGUAGCGCAUGAGUGCGAACAGCAGAGGUUGCGCAAGGGUCGUUUUGAAACGCAGUACGGCAUCUUUAUAGUUCAACUAAACAACUAGUGUGCGCAAAAGUUAUCCCAGUUUGCAUUUUAGCUGUAACUUCAUAGCCUACACCUGGCAUUUAAAACAUCCUAAACUUUGAGGAAUGGAGUUGUCGGAUAUAUCCUUCCCCAUCACAUCCGCUGAUGAAUUUUACGAUGACCCUUGCUUCAACACCAAUGACAUGCAUUUUUUCGAGGACCUGGAUCCGAGGUUGGUUCAUGUGGGCUUGCUCAAGGGCGAUGACCAUCACCUCGAAGACGAGCACGUCCGCGCGCCAAGCGGGCAUCACCAGGCGGGCAGGUGCUUACUGUGGGCAUGCAAAGCCUGCAAAAGGAAAACCACCAACGCCGACCGGCGAAAGGCGGCCACUAUGCGUGAGAGGAGACGCCUUGGCAAAGUCAACGACGCCUUUGAGACACUGAAGAGGUGCACGUCUACCAAUCCCAAUCAGCGGCUGCCAAAAGUGGAGAUUCUCAGAAAUGCCAUCAGCUACAUCGAGUCCCUUCAGUCUCUGCUCAGGGGCCAGGAUGAAAACUACUAUCCGGUUCUGGAGCACUACAAUGGUGACGACUCGGACGCAUCCAGUCCGAGAUCCAACUGCUCAGACGGAAUGAUGGACUUCACGGGCCCCACGUGUACAUCCCGAAGAAGAAACUAUGACAGCUCUUAUUAUGGAGAAACACAUAAUGAUACUCGAAGCCAUAAGAAUGCUGUGGUCUCCAGCCUGGAUUGCUUGUCCAGUAUUGUGGAGAGAAUUUCUACAGAGACACCCUCCUGUCCCGCGCAGUCGAUACCGGAGGGAUCCGAGGGCAGUCCCUGCCCUUCCCAUGAAGGAUCUAUCUUGAGCGAGGCAGGCGUCUCCGUGCCAUCCCCAGUUCCAUGCGUCCAACCACCCCAAGACGCCAUCUACCAGAGCCUAUGAAGGCGCCCCUCGUUGCGCGCGCGGUUAUGGCAGGCAGUGGUGGAGCGGAGUGAAUAGCAAUCCUCUGAAAUUAUUCCGAGCACGGGGACAAACGGACUGUUAUCGACCCCCAAAGCUGUGCAUGUUCAGUAAAAGAAUACGAAUACAUUCUCUGUUCGUCUGCUAGAGACGGUGUUCAAUCAAUUCCAUGGCGUUUAAGCGACUGAAGGGAAUUGCAGUUUCUUAAGAAAAAUAGGCAUUUUAAAAUAAUUUAAAUGUGACCAUUAUAAUAAUGUUGUUUUUGUACAGAUUUUUCCUUACCAAUUCAUAUAAAUAUAUUUUCUUUCCUGCAUUUUUUCAUAUGGGAUAGCCAAUUUGAAUAGGCUACAGGCUAUAAUAGGCUACUUUUAGAGGACCAGUUUUGUACAUGUGUAAAUAAGAAUAGUUUAAAAUAAUCACCAAUCCAAAAUAAUGUAUUUAAUUAUUUUCUGUUUGGGAAGCUUUGUUUGUUGUGUCAGAACGUUAUACUUUAUAUUUAUACAACAAAAUGUGUGAGUGGAUGUCGGCUGAAUUUCUAAAAUAAAUUUAUUUAUACAGUA